ACAAAUGAAAAUGAGACCUGGAGAGGUCCUUAUAGACUGCUUAGAGUCAGUUGAAGAUACCAAAGGAAACAAUGGAGACAGAGGUAGACUGCUUGUGACAAAUUUGCGGAUUAUUUGGCGCUCAUUGUCAUUGCCCAGAGUCAAUCUCUCUGUUGGUUACAACUGCAUUAUAAAUAUAACUACAAGAACUGCCAACUCAAAAUUACGAGGGCAGACAGAAGCUCUGUAUAUAUUGACUAAAUGUAACAAUACGCGAUUUGAGUUCAUAUUUACCAAUGUUGUCCCCGGGAGUCCCAGACUCUUCACUUCAGUUAUUGCUGUACACAGAGCUUAUGAAACUUCUAAAAUGUAUCGUGAUCUGAAGCUGAGAAGUGCAUUGAUUCAAAACAAGCAACUGAGAUUAUUACCACAAGAACAAAUAUAUGAUAAAAUCAAUGGAGUUUGGAAUUUAUCAAGUGACCAGGGAAAUUUGGGAACUUUUUUUAUUACUAAUGUGAGAAUAGUUUGGCAUGCAAAUAUGAAUGACAGCUUUAAUGUCAGCAUACCAUUUCUACAAAUUCGUUCAAUAAAAAUAAGAGACUCAAAGUUUGGCUUGGCACUUGUGAUAGAGAGUUCUCAGCAGAGUGGAGGAUAUGUACUUGGUUUUAAAAUAGACCCUGUGGAGAAACUACAGGAGGCAGUGAAAGAAAUUAAUUCACUUCACAGAGUUUAUUCAGCUAACCCUAUAUUUGGAGUGGAUUAUGAAAUGGAAGAAAAGCCUCAACCUCUUGAAGACCUAACAGUGGAGCAGGUUCAAGAUGAUGUGGAAAUAGAAUCUGAUGAACAUACAGAUGCUUUUGUGGCUUAUUUUGCUGAUGAAAACAAGCAACAUGAUCGGGAGCCUGUUUUUUCAGAAGAACUAGGACUUGCAAUAGAGAAGCUAAAGGAUGGAUUCACACUCCAGGGACUCUGGGAAGUAAUGACCUGAUUUAGAUUGGCAUGCAUUUGUUUCCUAAGCAAGGAAAGACUCUCAGUUCUUACUGGGCUUGUGAGAUCUGUAGAAGAUAAUUUAGAAAUACCAGAGUAGCAGAGAAAGAACAUGCCAAAGCUAAAGAGCAGGCAAAUAUUAGAUAAUAUGCCCUCAGGAUAUGUCAUAAAGGAAAGAUUAUUCAAAACCCUUGUAUGUGUAAAAGCU